GUGACGCGAGGAGCGUAGGUCGCGGCCUAUCCCGAGGAUGGCGUUGGGGUAGGAGUAGGCUCUGGCGCUGGAGGAAUUGGCGUCUCUCAGUCUUUGCCGCCCCUGCACAGAAGUCGUGGCUCCCACCGGGCCUCUUAUCCAGGCAGGCAUUCGCUUAAUUAGCGGCACAGUGAUGUAGAAACUCAGCAGGCCUAGAAGGAGAAACAGAGUUAGCGUUUGCAGUCCGAGCUCACUUCUUUGGGGGUGUGGGAGGGAUGUUGGAUAUGAGUGGGUAUUUGUGUUCGUAAGUAAGGAGGGAGAGCAAGAGAAAUAGAUGGUAAAGGUGCCCAGAACAAGAAGCAAAGGGUGUUAAUGGCUGUAGAGAUAUAAUUUUAAAGUAGGUGGUAGUUUCAGAAAAUGCAUCAACAGUACUGAGAGUAAACCCAUUGACGGAGACACUGACCUUGUGGGGAAGGAGUUAUCAAAAUACAGGAUGCUUCACCCUCUGAAGUCGUUGAGCUCCAUGUUGGAGCGUGAGAGCCGUAAAGUAGCACUGUAGCAGUAUUAGGUUUAUGUUUGAGAAAGUUUACUAGGCUGCUAAUUGAUGUUUCCCCCCAAAGCUGCUGUAGCAUUCUCUAUGUUGGUGUGCUGAUGCCAGUUGUAGCAUUGACAUCUGGAUCUGAAAGUCACUGCACAAGAGCCUUGGAGAUACAUGUAAAAGAAAGUUUUAAGGUGUCUGGUAAAACAAGCAGUGGUAGCCAGUGGUUAGGGUUCAAAAUACACUGCCUGAGUGUGUGGAUGAAGGGGGUCAAAUUGACUUACAAUGAAGAAUUGAAUUAUCCUCUGAAAAGGAAGAAUAUGCAGGGCUGUGGAGGAAAAUGAUUAGGGAAUGACAUUAAUAAUCCAGUGCCAUGGCCGUGUCAAAUUCUGCAUGGUCCCAGAAAGUAGCAGCAUUCUAUGCCAAUCCAUCGCAUUUUCUUGCCAGUACGACAGCUGAGAACUUUGUUUGCGACCUGCUGAGGGUCCUGGCAGAUGAGAAGAUCAGUGAAAAUGUAAAGGUUCAGGUUCUCGGGAUAAUUCAAGAGUUCCCAGAAUGGCUGUUCACCAGCUCUCAGGUGGCUGAGCAAGCAGCAGAGUCUAUCUUCAGCAUUUAUUCGCAGCUGCCCUUUGUACCCAAGUCAGUCACUCUGAAAUGUCACUUGCUGCUUUCAGUCACCACCAUAGUCAUUGCCACUGACCACCUGACCAGCAUUGAGAAAAUACUGAACAACCUGAUGAGCCAACUGCUUGAUGCAGUGUGUGAUGCUAACGAUUGCAAAUACGGGGGACAUUUCCGACCUCUCAGGGCCGUAGCGUGCAACUGCCUUCGAGAAUUUGAAAUGUGCUACCCAGGGCUGCUGUCAACGAAACUGGAGAUUCUACGUACCCUCCAGCAAAAGGAAGUCAGUCCGCUGCACCAGAUCUACACACUGCUGUACAUACAAGUGUUGAAAAAUGCAAUCCACACACUCUCGCAGUCACACGUUGUGUCAGAGGGAGCCAUCCGUGAACUGUUGACUAGGAACGAGGAAAUCAAAUGGGAAGUGAUGAAAAAGCCACAGGAUUUAUUAGGCAUCACUGCAACCACCAAUCUGUGUCCAUUACCGGUUACCGUUGAAACUAAGGAGUUGAAGUCUUCCGUGACUUUGCUGCUGGAGGAGUCCUUCCUCCUAACUCCAGUAUCCCAAGCUGCAUUGUUUCAUGAGUUGAUCCAGGUGGUCCUUAUGGUGCGCUCACUUUCUCCGGCCAUUUUCCGAUCCCAGUUACUCCGUCUGUUUGGGACAAUGGAUAUCUCCUUGAUGCAUACCAUGCUGCAUAUGAAGGCAAGCUUCACUGACAGUCUUUUCAGUGCUGAGGAUGAGAACUUCUUGUUGAAGCGUCUAGUCUGCAUGGCCCAGCACCCAUUGUUGAGCAAUCCCCUCAAGCUCUUCUACAUGGAUUGCUUACUUCAUUUCCCUGAAAACCGUCCCAUUAAUUCUAACCUCGAAGAGAAUCUUCCAGUGUUGUUCACGCCAAAGAUGGCAGCUUGCCUUUUUCCCACACUAUUUAAUGAUAGCAGCACAAUGCUGUCACGUCUCAACUUGGUGAGUCUUAUGUGCCUUGACAGUGCUGAGGAGGAAAGAGGACUUGCUGAGAUCUUUGAUUACCUUGUGUCCUUAUAUAAACUGGUGGAUGCCGAUGGAAGCCGAGGACAUACUGUGACAUUUUUCCAAGUUGUGUAUAUAUUUGUGAGUUGCUUCCACGCCAUUGAAAUUUACAUGUCAGAGCUAACGCAAUAUAUGGUUAAACUGUACCAGAGACAUUGCACCUUAGCUCCACACAUGAUUAAUCUCAUCGACAGCAUUCAGCAGCUCUUGGAAGAUUCAAAGUGGCCUGUUUCAUUGGGGGAGGCUUUGCGCAAGUUGAUCGUGGAACUCCCAUCCAAGCAACUAUCUCCUCAUAAGCUCAUAUGGCACUUCAAGAUCCUUGCAAGAGUGGCCAAAGAACCCACUGUAACCCAGAAGGCAACAGUUCAGUUUUUACUGAACGUUGUUCGAGCUUCUGACAUGUGCAGGCUGGGUGAGUGGAGGAUGGGUAACGCAGUCUUGUCUGUUUGCAGAAGCAUUCUGCAUCACCAGAACUUGAAGCCCAUCUUCAGUGACCUUGCAGACCUCCUGCAGCACAUUCAUGUCCAGUUCCAGGACAUUGACAUUCAGGAUCAUGCCCAUUUCUAUUAUGCUUUACUCACCUGCCUCUCCCACGAGAAGCUGGCAGGAAUUGUCGCACCAGGGUCCGGCAAUUGUAAUCGGGCAAAGGCGCGAUCACUCUCAUCCCUAAUGUCAGAGAGUGCAGGUCACUCCAUCUCUGUUCUUCCAAUAAAACACCCAGUACUGAAAGUGAUUCCAGUCCCAGAAGGUCCUUCCAACAACAAUCCAUCUGCAGACACAGACAUGAGCUACUAUGAGGAAGAUUCCUUGGAGAAAUACUUGAAUCAAUUUCAAAACGUUGGGUUUGCUUCUGCCGUUGUGAUGAAAUUCCAUUUGACUUUUGUAGAGAAAGUCGAUCCUGAUUAUCACAAAAUCUACACUGUGCAUUUACAUUUUGACCUGAACAGCACUCACUAUGAGCCAUUGAGUGAUCUCCAUGUCCCCUGUCUCUUCCUGAACAGAAAUCCUCAUGUUUUCUCCUUGGCUUUCAAGCCACAUCUCCCUUUUCCUGUCACUUUACACACGAGAGCAGUCUUUACCACGGAGGAUGGCAGUACAUGUUGUAGCCAGCUCGAGCCUGUUGACAUUGGCUUUGCCCGUUUGUUCCUGGCCCCUCCCGUUCCGACAAAUUGGCCGUCGAAAAUGAAAGCUCAACUGUUUAACCAGUUGUGGGAAUGCUUGCUGCAGACUGGAUCCAGCCAGUCUGUUCUCAGUCGCUUCUGUUUUACAAUAGCUCAGAGACCUCUGAGUGAACUCACAAACUUGCACUUUAAAAAAUAUGUGGUUUCUCAGCAAUCUGACCCAGAGUCUUACCAAAUUUUUCUGUUCCUACCCCCUCGAGUCCAUCUUUUGCUCAGUGUGGAGCAGGUGUACAAUGUGGCAAAAGUCGACAUUGUCACUGAUAACUGGCAGCUUUUACCCUUCAUUAAUUCUUAUCUGAUUGACAUAACGUCUGAAAAAUAGCUGCUGCGAGCUUGGUGGUCUGAACACAGUGCAGUUAUUAAGCUAUUUCUGUGUGGUACCACUUUGAAUGUACUUCCUUAUUUAAGCUACAAGUUUGUGAUCUGGGAUUAUUGCUGAGUGUGUGAUGCCUGCUCUAAGUUGCUGAGUGCGACAUUUUGAGACAAAUGCUAAGUUAAUAUCAUUCUGUUUUCUUUAAUGUCAUCUUAACGGCAUAGGAUUUACUCUAAAUGCAGGUAAUUUUGUCCAGAAAAUCCCCAGUUUAAUGUCCUGAGUGGGUUGAAUAAGCUGAUGUCAAUCCCUGUCAUUACAGAACCUAUGUAAGGGGUUCCCUAAGGGUGGAUAACAUCAAACCAGCCAGGUUUCUUGUUGGUCAAACAGUGAUGUCCUUGUAAAACCUAGACAUCAGUUGGAAAGGAUAGGAUCUGCAUUGGAAAUGAUGCUUUUUGUAACUCAAGAGUCUGUGUUGCUUCCUGACACACUUACACGUGACACAUGUUGCAUUCGGCAGCUAGUGCCAUUGGAAGUGGACUGGCGAAGGUUGAUACCUUCAGAAGCAGAGCGAUCGACAGGGAUGAGGAAAGUUAGUAUGGAUUCAAUGGUUUGAAUGGCCUGCUUCCACACUGUAGGGAUUCAAAAUCAAUGAGUAUUUGCUAUUUUCCUUUUAAUUCAUCAACUUUGGUAUUGUACAUAAAAGAAACAAAUAUUUUUAUAUAUGGCUUGAUAAUUCUCAGAUGUUUUGUGUUUUCCUUGUAAUUUCAUUCUAAUUCUGUUGAAGGGAGCCAUAUGUUACGAGAGGAUGACUGUAUAAAAUAACGUGUCAAUCCAGAGUUCACAGCAUACAAAGCCUCAGUGUUGACAAAGCCCCGUCCUUUUAUCUCCUUUCCUAAAUGGCCGGGCCGGAGAGAUGCCCAGUCUGCAGCAUUGCUGGGGAAAGUGCCUGCUGUCGCAGUGCAUUGUUCACUGUUCACUGCUCACUGAGUGUAUCUCCGAGCAGCUGUCUUAAAUCCCCUUCCACACCAAAGACUGAAAAUCAAUCUGGCUCUGUAGCAUUCCCAGGGUAGAGUUGGAGGCAAUGGGAGCACAGCUGAUUGCAGGGCGAAACAAAUACGCCAUGAAUUUCCAGUUGUGGCCACACUGAAAUAACCAUUCAGUUUCUUCAGCAUUUACUCUUGAGCUAAGAUUGUUUGUGUGUUCCCAUUGAUCUCUGUAUGAAUCAGAGCAGUGCAAUAAUCAUUGACUACAUUAUGUAACUCUAACUUGUCAAGGCCUUCUCAGGAAGAAUUACGCAGCGAAUGGCUGUCAGUUAUUUUGUUGAGUUGAAACAGGCGCAAUGUGUGUAUGUCUCCUUUCUGUCCACAAAAAGAGGAGCCUCUUGUUUAAUAAAUGUCGCUCUCAGUGCACCAAAGUGUACUGCAUUGCAGUGCAAGUCCUGUUAAGAA